UAUUAUACUUAAAAUGGGCUUUUUCAUCCGCCAUCUACAACAAUAUAAGAACAAUAAUUCUCUGUCAUUGUCUAUUGUAUUUAUUUUUUAAAAAUUGUACUUUGAGCCUUUUGACUGUUGGAUUUUUUUAAUUUUCAACACAUAUUUUAUCUAAUCUGUAGGGAUGGACUUUGUAUGAUAUUUUUAUUAUUGCAAAAACGAAUAUUUGCGAGUUAUUAUUGGCAACAUAUUGUCACUGAACUUCAUUCUCAAGCUAAAUUCGCUAGUCAAGGUGGUAUUUUAUUCAAUGAAAUGUUACGUAAACGAAGAGAAGAAGACGAUAAACGUGAAGAACAAACUAUUUUUCGAGUUUUAGCAGCACGUGACAAAGAUGCAGCGGUUGCUGUUGCUAUUCAAAAACAUUCGAUAUCACCUGUUAUUGAAUCAAAUAGUCAAAAAUUCACUGCAGCACCAUCAAUUUCUUCUCCUUCUCUUCCAGCAACAACAACAACAACAAUGCCACUUUUACCAGUUCCAAAAGAAAUAACAUCUGUCGAACCAAAAUGUAGAUUAUUAUGUUUUUGA